AGCAACAGUUCUCGUGCCGAAAAUGCAUUAAUUGCGGAAAAGAAACAGAAAAUGCGCCAAGCUCUUCUGUGUGAUGAGGCCAGUGACGUUAACAACAACAACAAGUUAGAGACAGACAAAGACAAACACAAGCCAACUCAGCUACAAUCACCGUCGCCGGUUGUGGUAACCGGCCGUAGCCGGUCUCAAUCCGGGACCCGAAGGGUUACACCCACACCCACACCCACCACCCUAGCCAUCAUUGAACCUUGUAGCAGAGUAGAGGAGGUGUUGCCGAACGGUGAUUUUUACAUGGGAAGCUUCUCCGGUAACGUGCCGAACGGAUCGGGGAAAUAUCUAUGGAGGGAUGGGUGCAUGUACGAAGGGGAGUGGAAGAGAGGAAAAGCUUCUGGGAAAGGCAAGUUCUCUUGGCCUUCAGGGGCAACCUACGAGGGCGAGUUCAAAUCGGGUCGGAUGGAGGGGUUCGGGACUUUUACUGGAUCCGACGGUGGAACUUACCGUGGGUCGUGGAGCUCCGACAGAAAACACGGGUACGGGCAGAAACGGUAUGCGAACGGGGAUUUCUAUGAAGGGUCGUGGAAGAAGAAUGUUCAGGACGGGGAGGGAAGGUACGUGUGGAAGAACGGGAACGAAUAUGUUGGGGAGUGGAAGAACGGCGUUAUUUGUGGGAGGGGUGCGCUUAUUUGGUCGAAUGGGAAUCGUUACGAAGGGCAAUGGGAGAAUGGGGUACCUAAAGGGCAAGGGGUUUUCACAUGGCCUGAUGGAAGUUGCUAUGUUGGGUGCUGGAACAGUGACCUUAAGAUGCUGCACCAUUUGAACGGGACUUUCUACCCCGUUAUUGGUAAUGGUGCUGAUAAUAUCACCAUAACAAUGAGGAAGAGGUCUUCGGUCGACAGUGCCAGAGGGAGCGUAACGGAGAAGAAUUUUCCCAGGAUUUGUAUAUGGGAAUCCGAUGGAGAAGCUGGUGAUAUAACUUGUGAUAUAAUCGAUAAUGUGUCCUUGUUGUAUCGGGAUGGGGAUGAAACGGUGUCGCAUCGACAAGAUGUUAAGCAGCUUCUCCCCAAACCUUGUUGUUUCUCUGCUGAGGUGAAAAGACCCGGACAAACUAUAUCCAAGGGGCAUAAGAAUUAUGAUUUGAUGCUUAAUCUGCAACUGGGUAUAAGGUACUCUGUUGGGAAGGAAGCUUCGAUAUUGCGAGAGCUUAAACCGGGUGAUUUUGAUCCCAAGGAGAAAUUUUGGACAAGGUUUCCACCUGAAGGAUCCAAGAUUACGCCACCACAUCAAUCAGUGGAGUUCCGCUGGAAGGAUUACUGCCCUAUGGUUUUUAGACAAUUGAGGAAGCUAUUCCAGGUGGAUCCUGCUGAUUACAUGUUAGCUAUAUGUGGGAAUGAUGCCCUCAGGGAGCUUUCUUCUCCUGGGAAAAGUGGAAGCUUCUUCUACUUGACCCAAGAUGACAGAUUCAUGAUAAAGACGGUGAAGAAAUCUGAAGUCAAGGUGCUUCUUCGGAUGCUGCGAAGUUAUUACAAACAUGUUUCUCAAUAUGAGAAUUCACUUGUGACAAAAUUCUAUGGGGUACACUGUGUCAAACCAAUUGGAGGUCAAAAGACCCGCUUCAUUGUGAUGGGCAAUCUUUUCUGCUCCGAAUAUCCAAUCCACAGAAGAUUUGACUUGAAAGGAUCUUCACAUGGCCGUACAACAGAUAAGGCGGAAGAGGAGAUUGAUGAAACUACCACCCUCAAGGACCUGGAUCUCAAUUUUGUGUUUCGUCUACAAAAAAAUUGGUUCCUGGAUCUCAUCAAACAAAUUGAGCGGGAUUGUGAGUUCUUGGAAGCCGAGGGAAUUAUGGAUUACAGUCUUUUGGUUGGCCUUCACUUUCGUGAUGAUAAUACAUAUGACAAAAUGGGAUUAUCACCUUUUCUAUUGCGUACUGGAAAGCAGGAUUCAUAUCAGAGUGAAAAGUUCAUGCGAGGUUACCGCUUCCUUGAAGCAGAGCUACAGGAUAGGGAUCGAGUUAAAUCUGGCCGGAAAUCAUUGAUUAGGUUAGGAGCCAAUAUGCCUGCAAGAGCAGAGCGCAUGGCUCGAAGGAGUGAUUUUGAUCAAUACACCACGGUUGGAAUCAGCCAUACGACCCCUUGUUGCAGAGGGGAGACUUACGAUGUUGUUUUAUAUUUUGGUAUUAUCGACAUUUUGCAAGAUUAUGACAUCAGCAAGAAGCUGGAGCAUGCAUACAAGUCCUUGCAGGUUGACCCUUCAUCAAUCUCAGCUGUUGAUCCAAAGCUCUACUCCAAGAGGUUCCGUGAUUUUGUGGGGAGAAUAUUCACUAAAGACUGUUAGCAUUGAGUAAAAAAUGUGGCUGAAUCCAUUGUAAAGUUGGGAGCUUGCGGUUGACUGUGUGGUUAACAGGCCAAUGUUGUUUCUGUGGCUAUGUGACCUGCCGAAUCUAGAUUGUUUUUGUGGCUGAAUUUUGAAGGUACAGCCAUUAUGAUGUAUUUGAAGGCAGGGUGAUCUUUGUACAUGGAAGAUGGAAGAAAUGAUCUGUCUUUUUUUCUCUUGUUUUUUUUUUUCUUGAAGUGGGUGGAAUUUUUUGUGGUCACAAUGUAGGAGGAUAUGAAUAUGAUGUGAAAAAUGAUAGGUAGGCAUAUGAAAAUGUUUCAGAGAGAUUGGAUUCAAAAUGCCUGGAUAGUUGGUAAUAAAGUAAGUGUACAGUUCGUAUAGAAAGCAUGGAUCUUGGAAGAGUCUCUCUCU